GGCGAGCUUCCGCGUGAGGCCGCCCUGGGGCUCUCCUACCCCCCACCGUGCUCAGACUCGCCCAAGUAGGUGUGCCUGGACUUCUCACUUUUAUCCUGCUGGAAAAGCUGGUUAAUUACGUGUAAGAUUCUGAUAAAGGGCCAGCAUCCCCCAGGGUUUCAUUCAUGUUCACUGAAAAGAAACCUUAGCACAGAAUUCUAAAUCCCCACCCAAGACUCGCCAACAAGUCCGAGUGCGAGAUAGAAAGGGGCCUUUGAAGGACAACUACUGGAAACUAAAAGAAAGCACAGCCUUACUGGGAAGGAUACCUAAUUCACCAGACAACAUGCGCAACAAUUAUUGGUCAGCCAUGGAUUGUUUCCAGACUUCGCCAAGCCAUUCCUGGCUCUAUCCCACGGUCAUCCUCUGCUUAUUUGGAUUUUUCUCCAUGAUGAGACCCUCAGAACCCUUCCUUAUCCCCUAUUUAUCUGGACCAGAUAAAAACCUGACCAGUACAGAGAUGACCAAUGAGAUCUUUCCCGUGUGGACAUACUCUUACCUGGUGCUGCUGCUCCCCGUGUUUGUCCUCACCGAUUACGUCCGCUACAAACCAGUCAUCAUCAUACAAGGGAUUAGCUUCAUCAUCACCUGGCUGCUGCUGUUGUUUGGCCAAGGAGUGAAAGCCAUGCAGGCUGUGGAGUUCUUCUAUGGGAUGGUCACAGCCACCGAGGUGGCCUACUACGCGUACAUAUACAGCGUGGUCAGCCCAGAGCACUACCAGAAAGUGAGCGGUUACUGCAGGAGCAUCACGCUGGUGGCCUACACGGCGGCCUCGGUGCUGGCCCAGCUCUUGGUGUCCCUGGCCAAAUUAUCGUACUUUUACCUCAAUGUCAUAUCCUUGGCUUCUGUCUCCGUGGCCUUCCUUUUCUCACUUUUUCUACCAAUGCCCAAGAAAAGCAUGUUUUUUCAUGCAAAACCCAGCAAAGACAUACAGAAGCCAUCGAGCACAAAUGCAGUGUUAGAGGAACGUCAGGUGGAUGAAACACCAGGCUGUGAUGAGGAGAAACCCACCUCAGAAAUACCCACCCCUUCGGGGAACCUGGAUGAUAGCCAGUGGAGCGGCCCAAAGCCAAAAAAUGUAGCUUUAAGAGUUUUUGUGCAGUGGUUCCAAGAUUUGAAAGAGUGCUACUCUUCAAAGCAUCUUUUUUACUGGUCCCUGUGGUGGGCUCUUUCCACAGCAGGUUUUAACCAGGUUUUGAACUAUGUACAAAUCCUGUGGGAUUACAAGGCACCCUCCCAAAAUUCUUUCAUCUAUAAUGGGGCAGUAGAAGCUAUUGCAACCUUUGGAGGGGCCGUGGCUGCCUUUGCAGUGGGUUAUGUGAAGGUCAACUGGGAACUUCUGGGAGAGAUGGCUCUGGCCAUCUUCUCUGUGGUCAAUGCAGGUGCCCUAUUUCUCAUGCACUACACGACCGACAUUUGGGCAUGUUACGCUGGCUAUUUGAUAUUCAAGGCUGGCUAUAUACUUCUCAUAACCAUAGCAGUAUUUCAGAUCGCCAUUAAUCUGAGCAUGGAACGUUAUGCCCUGGUGUUUGGACUCAACACCUUCGUUGCCCUGGUGAUUCAGACCAUUAUAACUGUCAUCGUGGUAGAUCAGAGAGGGCUUAACCUGCCAGUCAGCAUUCAGUUUUUAGUUUACGGAAGUUAUUUUACUGUCAUUGCUGGAAUUUUCCUUAUGAGAAGCACAUACAUCAUCUACUCAGCCAAAUGCCAAAAGAAAGGGCCAAGCUUUGCUAUAAGUCAGAAUCCGUAAGGGCCACACCCAGAGGGACCAAGGAGUGUCAUCACGGGAACCAAGCUCUAAUCCUUGUCAGCCACCUCAGCCUCUGAGUGAGGACUGUGCUGGUCACAGUCACUGAGUGUCAUAAACUGACACUUUUCACAAGUCUGGAUUCCAAGGAACCUUUUCAAAACCACAAUGAAAUCUGAGCUUUAGACGGUAAUGCCCAGCUGAACUGGAUACGGUCGACAGGGCCCAUUAUCAACUGAACAACCCAUGCUGGGGAGCCCAGUGAAAAUUCUGGUUUUGAUCACUUGCAGUGACACACAAAUGGCAUGGCAGGCAACAAACCAGCCAUCCUGGAGUUCAUGUUCCCCAUCUGUGAGCAGAAAUACUAACUGGACUGACCAUUUUGCUUGGCUUAGAUAUGUUUUAUCUUACCAAAACAGGCAAUCCAUUGGGCAUUUUUUGUCACAUGAGCCAUUGUCCUUCUUCUUCCAUUAAGUAUAUUUCUGUAUAACUUACGGUUCUCUGAGAGAAUUGCAAAGCUUGGUCCCAUUUCUAAGGACUCCUCUUCAAUCCUGAUAACAUAGUAUUAUUCACAAGCUUUUAUUUCAUAUCACCAUUUAAUUUUUUCAUGGUUAUUUUUCGUUUUUGUGGUCUGCUGAGCUUUGUUGUUGAAAUUCUACCUCAGGAAUAGCUCCAGACACGCUUGUGUGUCCACAGAAUGACAUUUACAUCCAUUCCCAGUGGCCCUAGGAGAGGCAAUGAGCCCUCUCCUGCCCACACAGGUGUUUUAGUGCUGUGUCAGUGUGAUGUCUGUCUAAAACAGAAAACUUAAGUAGAAAUUUCCAGGGGUUUCUACAAGUAUUCGUAAAUAAGAAAACACAGAUGGGGGAAAAAAUAACACCUAAUUUUUAUAUGGCAGAGAUUGUGCUAAAUAAAGUAAUGUGUGCAAAAGUAUUAAAGAGCCUUUCUAGUAUUUUGAUGAAGUGUGCUGAAAAUUGUCUGAACUUGUCUGUCCUUUGAAACUUCAAUAGAGGUCUCAUUGAGCAGCCUGCCACUGGGAAUAAAGAAUGCUGAUUCCAGAUUUGUGUUUCAAACAUACUUUUAUCCAAAUCCCAAAAUUCAAGUACUGGACUGAAAAAAAAAAUACAGAAAAUCAGCCCCAAAGCCAGCCUUACUUAGUGGUGACUACUAACGGCAUUCCUACGUACAUCAAAGCAAGGAAAGGAUGACCACUGUUAUCCUUUUUACUUAACUUACUGUACUAGAGGUAGUAGCCAACACAAUUAGACAAGCCAAAAAAUGAGAAGUCAAAAAUUGAAAAGGAGGCAAAACUAUCACUAUCCCAGAGGCUACAAGUAUACACCCAAGAGACUGAAAAUGGAGAGUGUCAAAAGUAUACAGAAAGCAACAGCUUUCAUGAUACAACCACCAUUUAGUAAAAUAUCCCAACAGAACAAAAAUAAUAACAAGAAUAAUUACAUUUAAUCUAUUUAAUAAUUUAAUAAAUGUGUAAGACAUAUAUGAAUAUGCCUGAAAAUACCUUUGAAGAUUACAAAAUAACACCUAAACAUGUAAAAGCCUACCUUGUUCUUGGUUAGGAAGGAAAAAAUAUAGAAAGACAUCAGGCUUUCUAAAUAAAUUUAUAAGUU